AUGAGCAAGGCCCACCCUCCUGAGCUGAAGAGAUUUAUGGACAAGAAGUUAUCACUGAAAUUAAGUGGUGACAGACAUGUCCAAGGAAUACUGCAGGGAUUUGAUCCCAUCAUGAAUCUUGUGAUUGGUGAAUAUGUGGAAAUGGCAACUAGUGGGCAGCAGAAUAAUAUUGGGAUGGUGGUCAUAUGA